UGACUUGUAGAACGCUACCGUCCUUGGAUCGAUCUGACCUGACCUUCAGCCUGCGUCUAAGCGCGAUGCAUUUCCAUUCUGAUUCGCAGGGUUCAAUGAAUGCAAACUUGGAAGGGCACAUACAGGAUCAGAAUAUUGGGCAUUUGUAUAAUGAAAGCUUGGUUUUGCUCAAUGAACCUAUCCGUGCUACCAUGAUCAAGUCCCUGAAAGCGGUCGGUAAGAAGUUCAAUCACGUUUUAUUUCCUCGGAAGGGUCAAGAGCUGCUGAAGGAAUGGGAUCUGUGGGGCCCGCUCACUCUCUGUCUGGUUAUGUCUGUAUUACUCCACAGCAGCCCAUCGGACACCUCACUGGGUGAUGGCGGCCCGGAGUUCGCCCAGGUCUUCAUCAUAUUCUGGUUGGGAGCAGCACUUGUGACCCUCAAUUCGAAACUCCUUGGCGGCGCAGUGACCCUGGCAGACGUGUGGAUCCAAGGACGACAAGACGUGAAAUCAACGAUUUUAUAUCCUGUCGCCAGGUGGACGGCUGACCAACACCUGCACUCUUCCAACCAAGUUCUGCACGAACGAAAAGGGCACAAAGGGGCAAGCGCCCAGAUGACGUUACCGAGCCAUCUUAACUGACGCAGCAAAACCAGCUUGUUGAGGGGAAUGCUCACGUUCCCAUCAGUUAAGAAAUUCACCACCUCAAUCAUGCUUACGUCCAAACAAUUCUGUGAAACAAUAAUUGCCGUGCGAUUUGGCAUAAGCUGAAACAAGUUAGUAGAGUCACUCAUCAUAGUACGAACUCUGACUUAGACAUAGAAGAAUUAAAUCGCAACUUCUGCUGCUCCAGCAGUGACUCACUCCCCAACUCGUCAUCUGCUCAGAUUCAGUGGCCUACAGACUCGUCGCCAGUUGUUGAUAUUGCAGCACUUCACAGGAAGCUUACCCAACUAAACUCAAGCGGACCUGACCGGUUGUCUCUUUUCGUCCUUAAGGAGUGUGCAGCUUCACUAGACCAACCGAUAGCUAAGUUAUGUGCUAUGUGCCUAAACCAAGGCAAGGUCGCCGACUGUUGGAGAGCUGCUAGCAUAACACCAAUACCAAAGAAAGCGACAGGUAAAUAUCCACCUAUUGCGUGUACUUCAGUGGCUUUAAAGGUCUUCGAAAAACUCAUUCUUGAAAAAUUACUAACCCAAUCCUGUCUGAAUGACGCACAUCGAUUUGCAUACUGAAGUUCGAGGUCGACAAAAGACACUGUGUAAUCGUCGCUAGACAGCAAGAACAAAGCCACACGAGUAUGCUUUCUCGACUACAUCAGCGCCUUCGGUUGUGUUAACCGUGAAAUCAUUGUUGCAAGAUCUCCUGGCUUCUAGUAUCCAACUACCCAUAGCCUUUUUGCUACAGAAUGUUUUUGCCACAAGUACUCAGAUAACCAAGUUCAACGGCAGGAGCUCCUUGCCUCUUACCACUACUUCCGGUAUUCUUCAAGGAGCCAUUUUGUCGCGAUUUUUAUUCUCUACCUGCGUUGGCUCCACCGCUGUCCCUGAAAAAGCCAUAAUGCUAAUACGCCGAUGACAUACUAAUCGGCGCGAAUCAUCUACCUUCAGCCUCUUCGACCAUGCUACCAUGUUGCUUGGAUAAAAUCGUGCAUUGGUCAGUCUUCCGUGGCUUAACGCUGAAUACUUCCAACUGCAAUGAUGUACUGUUUUCGCUGCAUAAAGCAGGUCGUUACCAGAAACUCUUCACCGACUGUCCCCAACUUCACAUCAGUCAUGAAAGCCUGAGCUUCUCGACGUCAGUGAUAUAUCUUGGAAUCACACUGAGCCAUGAUUUAUCGUGGUCAAUCCACGUGAAUGAAGUAUUCACCAAAGUCAGGCGACUGUCGUUUUAUGUCUCAGGUUUUCGUUGAUCCUGCGAUUCAUCAUUGCAUGUGCUCUGCCACACUGGACCUACUCUUCUGUGAUCUUCCCGGGCAUACUGGCCCACCCCUUAGGCACUAUCUGAAAACCUACCAGGAUCAUCCAUGUUCACGAUCACUCUGAACGCUUACCUCUUUCAAAGUCAACUUCUCCUCUUACCGAACGCAGCUAAACUGUUGGAACAACAGUAAACUUGCUUUACAUGACACACAGUUUUUUCCCUUCCUGGAGACAAUAUUUUGUGUACCUACGGUAUUUCUCAGGACCAUAAAAAUUGAUUUCACAUCACCAAUCUCCCAAAUUUGAUCUGCAACUGUUGGAGCCAUUCAAUUAUAUCCUCUGAACAUUCCUUAGAAAAAGCAGUUACAUUUCUGAGGGUUUAUGUCUCCAGUGAUAAUUUGUACCACCUGUAUCGGACAACUUCGGACAAAUCCCCUCAUUUCCUACUUACUGUUACUUCAUUCCUCUUCUAUUUGUUUAUUUCUCCCCCACAAAUAUGGGCCACGACUGGGCCGAUCAUCCCAGAUGAUGGAUAGAUGCUUUCAAAAAAUGCAGUACACUCA